ACGCCAUCUAUCGAAUUCUCGCGCGUGAAAAAGUUCGCAGCGCUGGGCUACGACUGCUGAUUUCCCGUACAUGAACUGGCUAGAACUGAGCCUAUUAAAUCGUAAUAAGAAUUGCUUGUCUUACGAACUUUUUGCACGAGGACCUACGAUUUUAGAAAAUGUCCACGGAAACCGAUGAAGCUAUUACUGUCGCUGUGGAUAAUUUGUCAAAAUAUGACUGUGACAGGAAAAAUAAACCUUUACAGGGUUUGUCUCCUUAUGAGCUGAAGCGCUUGGAGAACAUCCGCCAGAACCAAGCUUUCCUUACUGCCAUCGAACUUCCGCAGGCUAACGCUGCCUUGAAACGAAAACCCUCACCGGGGGGCAUCAAGAGGGAGAAGGCCAAGGUCUCGAAGCAGGAAGUGUUGCCCCUUCGCAAGUCCUUGCGUCUGCUGAAGAAGGACGCCGAGAUUCGACUGCUGCCAGAACCGCAGUCUUCUCUCCAACAGGUGGAGGUGCGCGAGAGACCGGAGGGGCCCGUUUCCAUGGCGCCAGUCAACAUGGAGGAAGACAGCCUUCUGCCCGCUAGUCUGCUGGAGCUGUGGAACGAGCGUUUCACCAUGGUCACAAAAAAGAAGUGGAAUCUGAAAGAGUACGAGGCCUCCUUGAAGGGGAUGGGCCUGAGCGAGGAGCGGGUGGUGAAGGUGGUGAAGGAGCGGGUCUACUCCGCCGCGUUUCACCCCUGCGCCCGCCGCCUGCUGCUGGCCGCGGGAGACCGGUCGGGCCGAGUCGGGCUCUGGGACGUGGAAGGCGAUUGGGGUGAUGACGGGGUGCUGCUGUUUGAGCCCCACACUGGCCCGGUUUGCUGCAUGGCCUUUUCCAACACUCAGUCCAGCAGCCUGCUCACCCUCAGCUACGACGGGUCGCUUCGCGGCACAGACGUGGAGAGAGCGGUCUUUGAUGAGCUGUAUCGCUCGGAUGUUGGCCUGAGCAGUUUUGAUUUCCUGUCACAUGACUGCUCCACAUUAUUGGUUAGUGACUGGGAUGGUGAUGUGGCCAUUGUUGACAGGAGAACUCCAGGGACUUCUCCCGAGUCCGUCUCCACGCUGGACCCCAAAAUUCUGCGCUGUGUGCACGUGCACCCCGUUCAGAAGCAGUACUUCGUAGCUGCGAAGAACAGGGAUGCGCACAUUUACGACGUGCGGAGCCUGAGGAGGAAGGCCGGCCCGCCUGUCUCCACCUUGGCAGGCCACACCCUCAGCGUCUCCAGUGCCUACUUCUCCCCCAUCACAGGCAACCGGGUGCUCACCACCUGCAUGGACGACAGGAUCAGGGUGUUUGACACUUCUGAAUUCAUACCACAGAUUCCUCUCCAGUCUUCUGUCAGGCACAACAUGAAGACGGGCCGCUGGCUGACCAAGCUGCGGGCCGUGUGGGACCCCAAAAGGGAGGACUGCUUUUCGGUGGGCAGCUUGGAGCGGCCUCGCCGGGUGGAGCUGUUCCACGAGGGCGGCCGGCUCCUGCGGUCCUUCCGGGACGGGGAGCACCUCUCCACGGUCUGCUCCGUCACCGCCUUCCACCCCAGCAGGAGCGCCCUGGCCGGGGGGAACUCCUCCGGGCGCCUUCACCUCUUCGCCGGCUGAUUCGCCGCCGCCAGAUUCUAGCUCCGCCCCCUUCGCUUGCGCGCAGCCCGAAAUAUUAAUUUCCGCUGUGCUUCCGCAUCGUCCGGUUUGUCUGUGUCGACAAGUUUUUUGGGGUCGUUUUCUGUUUCUGUGUAUAUUAAUGUUGAAUUUUUAAAUUUUAUUUACUUUUUUUUUUUUUUUUUUUACACUGAACAUAAUAAAAAAUUUUAAAUGAAGCACA